AUGCACACACACAAGUCCGGCGAGCUUCUCUCUGAUAGUCCUACUCCUGCAACCCCAAGUCUCCGUCGCAGCAGCAUCCCCAUGGCCAGCCUCAACAACGCUUCCUGGUCCAGCGGCCUCUGCGGCUGCUUCGACGACGUCGGCGGCUGCUGCCUGACGUUCUUCUGCCCGUGCGUCGUCUUCGGGAGGAUCGCCGAGAUCGUCGACAUGGGCGCCACAUCUUGCUGUGCGAGCGGGACGGUGUACGCCGCGCUGGCGUCGAUGACGGGGAUGGGCUGCCUCUACUCCUGCGGCUACCGCUCCAGGCUGCGGGAGCAGUACCGGCUCAAGGAGACGCCCUGCGGCGACUGCUGCGUCCACUGGUUCUGCGAGGCCUGCGCGCUCUGCCAGGAGUACCGCGAGCUCAAGUCCCGCGGCUUCGACAUGGCCCUCGGAUGGCAGGCCAACAUGGAGAAGAUGGGGAAGACCACGGCGCCGCAGACGCACGCGGGGAUGACUCGCUAG